AUGCUUAUAACAUCAUCUGCAAACAGAAGUUCAGCCGGAGCUGCAAUAGGAGGUGUGGGAUUACUACUAAGUCCCAGUGCAUAUGACUCCCUAGCUAGCAUGAGAUCACAUUCUGACCGAAUACUCGUCGCAAACUUUCAAGGAAACCCUGCAACUACAGUCAUUACAACUUAUUGCCCAACCAACGUAGUGAACGAGGAUAUCAUUGAAGGACACUACAACAAUUUAAGAAGAGCAAUUGACUCCAUACCAGCACACAAUGUUCUUCUUGUGGUUGGAGACUUCAAUGCCAGAAUUGGACCUGAGGACAGAUGCUAA